AUGGCGCCGUUCGCGCUCAACACGACGCACCGCGCGCCGCCGCUGCGCGAGAUACUCCAGCUCUCGCUCUCCUCCUCCGCGCGCGGAGAAACCCGCGACGGCGGCGGCGGCGGCGACGACGACGGCGGCGGCGACGACGGCGGCGAGCGCGCCUCUCGUCGCGCGGCGGGAGAUCGAUCGAUCGCGCGAAAAGCCCGAGCGCUCUUCGCCGCGGAGCUGAACCCCGGGUGGACGGACACCAACGCGCUGGAGCGCGUCGCGAACGCGGCGACGUGCGUCCCGUUCUUCGCGUGCGGGCUCGACGUGCUCCGACGCGCGGCGGCGGACGACGACGACGACGACGACGAUUCGACGACGACGACGACGACGACGAGAAAUGUAAAUGCGAAGAAAUACGACGGACGCCGCGCGACGCGUCGAUGGGGCCGCGCGCUGCUCGGCGUCGGCGCGUUCGCGGCGGCGUACCACCUCGCGCCGCGGCGGAACCACAAGACGCGCGCGCUCCUUCGACACGCGGACUUCACCUCCAUCGCGUUCGCGUCGACGGUCGCCUCGGACGCGUUUCGAUGCGACGUCCCGAGACCCGUCCUCGUCGUCUCCGCGGCGGCGGCGCCGGCGACGCCGCUGCUCGUCAGCGCCGCGCACUGCGCGCUCGUCGAGCGCGAGGUCUUCCGCGCCGCGUGGGCGCGCCGGCGCGGCGGCGGGAAGAGGAAGAAGCGGCUCGACCGCGCGGCGGGGGACCCGCGCGUGGUGGGGCGCGGGGAGGGGGCGAGAGAUGAUGAGAGACGCGCGGACUGGUCGUUCGCGACGGGCGAAUACGGGUCGCACGUCGUCGCCGCCGCGGGCGCGGCUUUCUUCUUCGCCGCGGAGGAAAUCUGGCCGGACGCACCGCUGCUGCACGCGACGUGGCACGUGUUCGCGUACGCGGCGUUGUCGACCGCGAACGCGAUAUACUUCCGACGCGAGGAGAAGAAGCCGCCGCCGCCGCGCUCUCCGGGGGCUCGCGGGCUCACGUGA